AUAAUUGAUCAGCAUAAACCACUGUCGUUUUCAACUUUUUUUCUUCCCUUUGGUUUUGGGGCGGCAACAUUUGUUUAACCAUUACUUUGCAUCUAUAUAAAUGCACAUUGCCUUCUCUUCACUCUUCAGUUCUACCAGUUACGCGUUCUUCUAUCAACUAAGCUAAUUUGUUUUGACCACACACACAGAAACAUGGGAAUUCCUAAGCUUCUUGGUGUGUUUCUAGUAAUGGAAAUGAUGAGUGGCUUCAGAUCUGGAGCACAUGGUUUGAGCAUGGAAUAUUACAUUAUGAGCUGCCCGAUGGCUGACCUUAUCGUGAGAAAUUCAGUCAUCAGAGCCUUGCAAGCUGAUCCAACCUUAGCAGCAGGCCUAAUCAGAAUGCAUUUCCAUGACUGCUUCAUAGAGGGAUGUGAUGCGUCAAUUCUCCUAGAUUCAACAAAAGACAACACAGCAGAGAAGGACUCCCCUGCAAAUUUGAGCCUUAGAGGCUAUGAAGUUAUUGAUGCUGCAAAAGAGGAGCUUGAAAAACAAUGCCCUGGCGUUGUCUCAUGCGCUGAUAUAGUUGCAAUGGCUUCUACAUAUGCAGUUUUUGAGGCUGGAGGUCCAGUAUAUGACAUACCCAAAGGAAGAAAGGACGGAAGUAGGUCUAAAAUACAAGACACAAUCAACCUGCCUCCACCCACCUUGAAUGCCUCUGAACUCAUUAAAAUGUUCGGGCAACAUGGUUUUACUGCCCAAGAAAUGGUGGCUCUAUCUGGUGCACAUACACUAGGUGUAGCCAGGUGCUCUUCAUUCAAAAACCGAUUGAGUGAUGCUGUGGAUCCAAACUUAGAUUCAGGGUUUGCAAAGCAACUGACCAAAAUCUGCAGUGCCGGGGACAAUACCGAGCAGCCCUUCGAUGCGACGAGAAACCGUUUCGAUAACCUUUACUUCAAUGCUCUGCAGCGGAACACCGGACUGCUGGCUUCUGACCAAACUCUGUUUGCAUCUGCAAGAACCAGAAACAUUGUACAUGGUUAUGCCUUCAACCAAGCCAUGUUCUUCUUUGAUUUUCAACAGGCAAUGGUGAAAAUGAGCAUGCUGGAUGUUAAGGAAGGUUUCAAAGGAGAAGUGCGACAAAACUGCCGCAAAAUCAAUUAAGGGAGGAGUGUUGUGUAAAGAGACUUGAAGCAUUCGUUUGCUCUUCAUUGUGUAUUUAUGGCUAAAAACAUCUGUCAUUGUUUAAUAGUUAAAUAGUAAAUUACAUAAUAAAGGUCCUUUGAGCUUAUGUUUUA